AAAUAUUCCAAUGAAUCAUUUUUGUCAGAAUAAGUAGGCGGCAGAGACUUCAACAAAAGGCAACUUAAUCGGCUUUUUGAUCACCUGUCCUGAUUAAAGCUAGCGAAUUAAGUCAAAACAGACAAGUCAAAAAUUCACUGUCAAUCGCUUUUGAGGCUACUUGAUUGGUUCAAAUUUCAUUACAAUAAAAGCAUUUUAUCUUGUUCACAACAACAGAGCCCCCGACAAGGUGCAUAGCACAUUUAAAAGCAUUUGUUCGUCCAUCCUUUAUAUGGGACCACUUGAUUGGUAGUUUCCCUUAUAAUUCGAAGUCUCAUUCGUCCAUUUUAAAAGCACUGCUUUUUUCUGCAUGCUUCAAAUUGAAUUUCGAUCGUUAACAGCAUCAACGGGUUAAGCAGCUCUACAGAAGAUUUUCUGCAUUAAAUAGCGGAAUCGGAGCUAAUUAAAGCUGAACUAACUUCCUGGUCACACUACUUAUUAUGAUACUUACUCAAUAAUCUUAGUACCUUAAUCUGUCCUCUCAAAAAAUAUGAUCGCGGGAUCCUUUUGUUGUGCUUUCAUAUUAAUUCUGGUUUCCCAGUUCAAUAAAGUUGCAACGGAUUCGAACUUUUCAUAUCAAACGGAAAACCAUCUGCACGAGUCUCUUAUGGAACACUACGACAGACGUGUACGUCCGGUUCGCAAUGUCUCGGACACGGUGACCUUGACCUUCGGGGCUGCCCUGUACCAGCUUGUGAGUUUCAACAGCAAGAUGGAGACUGUCACUCUUCUCAUGUGGCAGCGACUCUACUGGGUUGACGAGAUGCUCAGUUGGGAACCGGAAGACAAUGAUGACAUCACUAACCUACGCUUCAUGCAGGGGACGCUUUGGAUUCCUGAUAUUCAUCCAUACAACGAUAUUGGCCUCUUCGAUGCAAACAAGUUCCUAGAAUCGAUCCCAUUAACAGUCGAUCACAUGGGGUUAGUAGGAUGGUACAGACCAGUCUCUUUCGAGACAACAUGCUCGCUUGAUGUCACGACAUUCCCAUACGACAGCCAAGAGUGUGUGAUUACAAUUGGGUCCUGGCAGUACGAUUACAGCGAAGUGCAGAUCAGAUGCGAACAACCUACUUUGGAUAUAUCCGGUUAUUCUUCACACAGUCUAUGGGAACUCAAAGGGACAUCGUGCCAUGAAGACACAGUAACUGGUCACACGAAAAACCCGAAGUUAUACAGUGUCAUACAAAUCGCCGUGAAGUUUGACAGAUUGAGCUCGUUCUAUGUGAGGAAUCUGAUUCUUCCAAACGCGCUUCUGCUAGCAUUGAGCAGCUUGACAUUCUUCCUUCCCGGAGAGUCAGGCGAUAGGAUUGCAUUCGGAGCAACUGUGACAUUGGCUCUUUGUGUUAAUCUUGUCAUUGUUAUCGACUUCAUACCAGAGACUUCAAAAACGUUUCCAAAUCUUUGCAACUACUACCUUGCAAGUAUUUUCUGCUCGGGAUUUUCGCUGUUACUAGCUACAAUUUCUCUGAAUACACACGUGUGGUUACUUCAUCGGAGGAAUAAAGCAACGAAUGAAAGCAUUAUGGAGUUAGCAAAUAUGGCAACAGUCGCUUCAGCUCAGCAGUUCAAUUUACAGCCCAAGAAAAAGCAGGCUAAUGGCGACGUCUCAAAUCACAGACAAAGGCACUCUACAAUGUUCUUUCAGUCAAUCAGAAAAAUUGACUUAACUUUGGGCAUGCUAUAUCUGACUGGAACUUCGAUUUACAGCUUCCUAUUUAUCAAUUUAACGAGGGGCUAAUAAGUCAAUUGAAAAGAUGAAAUUCAAGAAUAAAUCAAA